AUGAAGGGCAAAGCGCUUGGGUUGACGCCUUUACUUAUAAUUUUACUGCAGUCUACAUUCGUUUUAAGUCGAAUUGCGUUUGAAAAGCUCACAGAUGUGGACUUCCAAGGGACCGCGUAUUACACUGUGAGGAAUUUAUCAUUAUACGAGUGUCAAGGAUGGUGUCGGGAGGAACCGGACUGCCAAGCUGCUGCCUUUAGUUUCGUAUUAAAUCCUCUGACACCGGUUCAAGAGACGCGCUGUUUGCUACAAAACGACACACAAGCAAAUAAUCCGAUGGCCACACCACAGCGCUCCGUAAACACUUACUACAUGGUGAAGUUGCAAGUGAGGACAGAGAGUGUUUGCCUUAGGCCCUGGGCGUUCGAGCGAGUGCCGGGCAAAGCCCUCCGAGGCUUAGACAAUACUAUAAUCUACACCUCCACAAAGGAGGCCUGUCUCGCUGCCUGCCUCAAUGAGAAAAAGUUCCCGUGCCGCUCAGCCGAAUAUGAGUAUGGAAGCAUGAGGUGUGCUCUCAGUGACUCUGAUAGGCGAACAGCGCAACACUUCGUCCAGCUUGUCGACACUCCAGGGACUGACUACUUUGAGAAUUUGUGCCUGAAGGCGUCUCAGGCGUGCAAGGGGCCAAGAGUGUUUACCGCGCCGCGUGUGGGUGUCGCCGAAGACAAGGUGGCUCAGUACGCUGGUUUGCACUAUUACACGGAUAAGGAACUUCAGGUGACUUCUGAAGCCGCAUGCCGUUUGGCCUGUGAAAUAGAGUCGGAAUUCCUCUGCAGAUCUUUCCUAUACUUGGGAGCGCCUCACUCGUCUAUAUACAACUGUCGCCUCUACCACCUGGAUCACUACACCUUACCUGAUGGACCUUCAGCAUAUCUGAACGCAGAGAGACCUUUAAUCGAUGACGGAGAACCAAUAGGGAAAUAUUUCGAGAACUUCUGCGAGAAACCGCCUGCAAACGCAAACCCGAGUGGCGAGCUUCCGGUCACUAUCGAGCAUCAGCAAGAUACAAACAUGUCCAGCAACUUGACUAGAAAUGACGCUAAUUGUGACAAAACUGGCACAUGCUACGAUGUAUCAGUCCAUUGUAAGGAUACAAGGAUCGCCGUACAGGUUCGCACAAACAAGCCAUUCAAUGGAAGAAUAUACGCCUUAGGACGUUCAGAGACGUGCAACAUCGAUGUAGUUAAUAGCGAUCUAUUCAGACUGGACCUCACAAUGGCUGGACAGGACUGUAAUACUCAGAGUGUUACCGGGGUCUAUUCAAACACUGUAGUCUUACAACAUCACAGCGUUGUGAUGACAAAGGCCGACAAGAUAUACAAAGUGAAGUGCACGUACGACAUGAGUUCAAAGAACAUAACAUUCGGAAUGGUGCCUAUAAGAGACCCAGAGAUGAUUUCUAUCACUGCAGCACCAGAGGCUCCCCCACCACGUAUUCGUAUCUUGGACAGUCGGCAGAGAGAGGUGGAAACUGUGCGCAUUGGAGACCGUCUCACCUUCCGUAUUGAAAUACCAGAGGACACUCCCUAUGGCAUCUUCGCACGUAGCUGCGUCGCUAUGGCUAAGGAUUCUAAGAGCACUUUCCAAAUUAUUGACGAUGAAGGGUGCCCAGUGGAUCCCUCCAUCUUCCCCGCAUUCACACCAGAUGGCAAUGCUCUGCAAUCCGUCUACGAAGCUUUCAGAUUCACAGAGUCCUACGGAGUUAUUUUCCAAUGUAACGUCAAGUACUGUCUAGGACCUUGUGAGCCGGCGGUGUGCGAAUGGGGCAGAGAGUCUAUAGAGUCUUGGGGCAGAAAGAAGCGUUCCUUGCCCCACAACGAGACCGGCGAAGCGGCUGCGGAGGAAGAAAUGAACAUUUCACAGGAAAUUCUGGUUCUCGACUUCGGUGAUGAGAGGCAGAGUACCGAUUUCCUUCGCUCCGACAAACCUGGUGGUACGGCAUCUGAAGCCAACUUUGGAGAGAAAACGGUGACAAUUGUGGAGCCAUGUCCCAGCAAAGGGUCUGUACUGCUGCUAGGCGUCGCUUGUGCUCUACUAGUACUCCUGUACAUUGCCACCAUCUUCUGCUACUACAUGCGCAAAUGGCUCGCACCGCCCAAGCACUUGUAA